AUGCACCAGAGAAACCACACAAGAGAGAAACCAUAUAAAUGUGUGGAGUGCGGAAAGAGCUUUUGCCAGAGGGGCAACCUUAUUGCCCAUCAACGUAUCCACACAAGGGAGAAACCAUAUAAAUGUGUGGAAUGUGAUAAGAGCUUCUGUCAGAGUGCCAACCUUACUGCCCAUCAACGUAUGCACACAGGGGAGAAACCAUAUAAAUGUGUGGAGUGUGGAAAGAGCUUUGCUCAGAUUGCAAACCUUACUAUCCAUAGACGUAUCCACACAGGGGAAAAACCAUAUGAAUGUGCAGAGUGUGGGAAGAGCUUUGCUCAGAUUGCAAACCUUACUGCCCAUAGACGUAUCCACACAGGGGAAAAACCAUAUGAAUGUGCAGUGUGUGGGAAGAGCUUUGCUCAGAGUAUACACCUUAUGGUCCAUCAGCGUACCCACACAGGUGAAAAACCAUAUAAAUGCAUGGAGUGUGAGAAGAGCUUUGCUUAGAAUGUCCAUCUUACUGUCCAUCAACGUAUCCAUACAGGAGAGAAACCAUAUAAAUGUGUGGAGUGUG